ACCAUGUAUAAAUACUGAAAGUUCAGCGUAGGUACUUACUCCCUUUUUGCCUGUGACUCCAUGUUGUGAACACAGUGCAAUGCUGCCGUGGAUUUUUUCUAAGUUGGACCAGUGAAUAUUACAAGCUGACAAAUGGCAUCCUGCGUUUUAUGGAUAUUCAUAACACUGUGUCCCUUUCUUUCUCAUUCUGAAAGUGGAGAUGAUGCUUCACCUGAUGCAGAGCCCAGUGUUUUCUGCUCGUCCAUGAUCUCCUUGGAAAUUAAUAGCCUCAUCUGUGGCCUGGUUGAUGACGCUGCUGAAAUUGAAUAUGCAACACUUUGUAAAACAGGUCAAACUUCAUGUAUCAAUGGCACGCUGGUGAACGACACCAUAACUUUUCAGGAACUGGAUAUUUUACAAAAAUAUGAACUGCAGACCCACUUCAAAGAUGGAGCAAAAGAAAAUCAAAAUAUUUACUUGGUGAAAAUAGUUAAAAUCCCAAUUCCUGUGGUAGACAAUGCUACGUACAACUCUGAUGAGGCGAUUAUAUCCAUUAGAUACAAGCAUGACUACGUAGACAAGCCUGACUUCCAAUUAGACAUCUGGGGAACAAGACGCACAGAUGAGAUGACAAUAACCGUAAAUUACCAGCAAGUGACCAUAGGUGGAGACAAGCUGAGAAACAGUAACACCUACUAUGUACGUGUUAGAGCCAAACCUGUGGAUUAUUUUGACGGCAGUUGGACCGCCUGGAGCCCGGUGAAAAGUUUCAGCCGUACUGCAGAGACCAUCUUUCAUACAGCCGAAGACCCUUCAAUGGUCACAUAUGUCAUUCUUUGCACAUCUCUCAUUCUGGUGUUUGGCAUUGUGUUGAUGGUCCUGCGAUGGAAGAAAGAGAUUCAAGCCUACAUUUCUCCAAACAUCCCAAAUCCGAAGGCCACCCUUGCCCAAAUACACAGAGAAAAGGAGCGCCCACCUGUCAGUUUCAGCCCAGAAAUCUUCAACGACGUCAGUAUCAACCGGGUGGAUUACGCUGAAGAGAAGCAACUCGCUCCUGAGGUUGACGAAGAUCAAGAAGACACCACAGGAACUUGCUGGAGUGAAGCUGAGGGUUCGAGAUGUUCUCGGUCUCCGUCGCUGUGUGAUAAACAAGAUGGAGAUGAAAGAAAGCUUGAGGAGAUGUCCCACCUGAAGAUUAAGUUGCUGGAUCAGCCCAAGGAAGGAGAGAAUGAGGGUGGCUGCCAGAGUCUGGCAACUCUCCAAAGAGAUUGUAAGGAUGAGACUUAUGUUACCAUGUCCAGCCUCUAUAAAACACAGUAAGGCCGGAGCCACAAAUGUUGCACAACAGUUAAAUCUCACUAUAAUGGCUGCUCAUUUUAUUCUUUCUUUAUGGAGGACUGCCAGAUUUGGUGGAUGAAAAGCAGUAAGUGACCAGACUCAAGCAAGUGUGUUGAUGGAACUUAAAAGAGCUUGCUUGCAUGACACCCACAUUACCUACAGGCCUACACCCUGCAGAAAGAUGGUAACAGUGCUUGGGCAACUGUGACAGGGACAAACAAUCCAGUAUCAUUCGCUGCUAAGAAUUAUCUCUGAAUGUUUCGACGACUUGGGCUUGAACUUCAAAUGAUUGUUUUAACAGUGCUACUCUGUUUGGCUUUGCAAAAAGGUGGCACCAUUUCCUUAGCCAUCAGUCAGGCUUUCUGACCCACAAGCAACACGUUUAAUCACAUUACAGGCAAAUUUGUGGCCAUUUUGUGAGCUUUCAUGCAGGGUGACAAACCACACGUUUGCAAAGAGGGCAUUCUGACCGUGUACUCAAAUGUAGCAAUCAAUUUUCACAGUCACAAAAUAGCACACAAUGAUUGCAAUUAGCAUUUUUCUCAUUCCUUCCACCAACACGUGUAAUCUGCCAAGGCUGCUGUGAAUGUGUGCACUUCGAAAGGCAUCACUGCCAACAGCAUACAGUAAUACAAUAACUGCUGCUAGACUUCAUUUACCCAUUGCUUAUAGAGGUACAAUGAGCUGACACGACAGCAACAUACAGCAUUUUCUCAUUUGUUACUUGUGUUUAGUUCAGUAAAUAAGAAGGUAAUGUAUUCUCAUAGAACUUUUUCGCAGCAUUAGCAUAUUUUCUCAUUGUCAAGUAAUUGUUUUACAUUUUGUUGUAUAUUUAAAUUUGUGUAAGGCUUUUUUUUAGACAUUACUGCAAAAGGAUUUACUUUAAAUGGCAUGGUAGUUAUGAUUUUUAAAUAUAUACUCAAUUAUGUUAACCAGUGCUUCAUUUAGCAUCACCUUUAAUUCAGUUUCUUGCUAUGAUCACUCAUACAAAAGAGUCAUUUUAUUAUCACAUAGCAUUUACAUGUUUGUACAAGACAUUUAAUGAAUGAUUUGUAGGACUAGAAUAAUAGAUUUUGCACAUCAGAACCAAGUAUAUCAAAACAAUUCUACUAACUUAAUCUUUAUGACCAUUGUGAUGAUUUAAAGGGCCCAUAUAUUUUUCUCUAAUUUAAUUUUUUCCUCCUGAAGGCCAAUUAUGAUGUUUGUUAUUUUAUGCACCAAAAACAGCCCCAAAUCAUUUUUACAUUUUUAACCAACCUCUCUUUAUUUCUUAGAAUUAAACAGGCUGUCAACAUAAAUGGGCAGGGCUUGACUGCUGUUCACUGAAUAGACGCAUGAAUGCAAAUGAACUGGGUUUUGUGACAUCACAAAAACAAGGAAUUCAAAAUGGGCUGUUUUUCCAGAUUUCCAAAUAAGGGCUGUUUAGACUGGGGUGUGAGUGGUACUUUAACAGUAUUUAUAUACUUCAUCAAACGCUUUUACUUCAAAAAAGGAAGGGAAAUUUGUUUUUCAGUGAUAUGGGCCCUUUAAGAUGAUUUUCUCAUUACUAAGACAAGGUCAAACAUAUUUAUCCAUAUCUGUACACGUAUUAUCCAUGGUAUAGAUUGUUAAUAUGUUUACUAUGCACAAUGAAAGAUUAAAAAAAGUUACAAAAUGGUGGCAUAUUUGUUUUCAGACAUCACUGAAACAUACAGGUCACCUAUGUGGGGUCAGCAUGUAAAACAGUGCUUACUAAUGCAGCACUGCACCCAACAGCUGUGCCAUAUUCUGUUAUCUUUAUUGUCCCAGAGGCUGCAAUUAUCUGCAUUGUGUUUGGAAGAAAAGGACACUCAGCAGAACUGCACACUGCAGCUAGCUGGGUGCAGGAUUUAUAUGUACAGGAGUAGCAUGUGCUCCUUGACCAGUGCUGUUUUAUAGCUUGAGAAUUUGGGAAUUGGCAUAUUAAUGAGGAAAUCAAGAGGACAAUAUGGGAAAAUGUUCAAACGUUUAUGUAAAGCUGAACAAUUUUCAUGAUUGACAAAUAUUAUUCCAUAUAAUUAGUAUUUUAAAAUAAAUAGUGAGUAAAAAA